UUGCCAAAUGUCUAUCUACUGAAAGUUAAGACUUUGAGAAGAAACGAUAUUAAUAUAGCAGAAUCUCAAUACCGCCAGGAGCUAGAAGAAGCUAUAACUACGUGUAAAACAAAUAAUUCAAAAAAUAAGCUAAAGCUAGUAGAGAUCUUAUCUCAGUUUAACGCGACUUCUAAGGAACAACAUCAAAAAUUUUAUAAAGAAGCUUGGACAGGAGAAAAGGAAAAACAACAAGCUAUGGAACAGGAACGUAAUAUUAAUAUAAUUCAAGAGAAUAUAGAAUUUAUAUUAAGCAGAUAUAGAGUUAGGCUAGUAAAUAGUUGCUCAGAAGCUACUAUAGUCACAUAUACCAAAAUUGUUCGUCAUUUAGAACACUUAGAUCCAGCGACGAUUAAACCAGAAGUUCCUUUAGCAUCUGGUAUUAUUGAUCUCUCCAGAAAUGACGACCCAUUUGUAAAUUUGUUAUUGUCUAGGUCUAAGGAGAUUUUGAUGCACCAUGAGUUCGGCAAUAAUGAAUUUCUGGGAGAAAUUAAAUUCAUGGUGGACGAUUUCGUAGAUAUGUAUAAAGAUCUGAGACCUGAUUUUGAUCCUGUGUUAAUGUGA